AUGUUUCAUAAUGUGCUGCGGUAUAGAAAUCAGAUUUUAAUAACUAUAUGUGGGUAUGUGGGUCAUCUGCUCUGUGGUUAUGGAAUCAGUUGGACGGCGCCGAUCAUUCCGAAAUUGGAGAACCCUGACGAAUCUCCAUUAUCAAGACCACUAUCCGACAUAGAAAUGUCUUUGCUGGCAUCUGUAUUAUAUAUUGCUGGGUUACCGGCUGUGCUUUCGAUGAGCUGGUUCUCCAACUUCAAAGGCCGAAAAGCAAGUUAUGUUCUUUCGGCAAUCUUUUACAUCAUCGGUUUCGCCAUGUUGGGAUCAGCUACGAACUUCACGAUGAUGUUCAUUGCUAGAAUCAUCAACACUUUUGGAUUUAGCAUAGCGAACAUGAUAAACACCAUUUAUAUUGGAGAAAUCGCAUCAAGCAACAUUCGAGGGAUCUUCCUGACGGGGCUUGGCGUUAUACAAACAUUGGGAUCCCUAAUAUUAUUCAGUGUCGGACCUUUUGUUUCCUACAGUAUGGUCUCAUAUAUUGGUGUUGCUAUAUCUAUAGUAUAUUUCCUGGCAGUUCUCUGCAUACCUGAAUCUCCUGUAUAUCUCGCUUUGAAAGAUAUUAACAACUGUUCCAUGUGCCUCGUACGUAACGAGCGUAUAAGCGUAUUGAACUAUUUAAGUGGUAUGUUAGUGGUUGUUUUUUUUUCAACAUCGAUUUUCAAAAUGGCGGAUUCAUCGGUCCCGCCAAGUUUAGCUACUAUUAUCAUUGGAUGUACUCAAUUGGUGGGGAGUAUUAUUGCUCCAUUCUGUGUGGAAAUAUCUGGAAGGCGAAUUUUGUUAUUGGUUUCAACAGGUGUAUGCUGUGUUAGUAUGAUCGUAUUUGGCUGUCAUUUCUUUUUGAUACACAUAAACUCACCCCUUGUGGAGCACAUUAAAUGGCUCCCCUUAGCCUCAUUAGUGGUAUUCUUCAUGAGUAACAAUAUGGGCUUUGGUGUCAUACCCAGUACACUAACAGGUGAAUUAUUCAACUCCAAUGUUCGAAGCAAAGGCACGGCUUCCGUCUUCGUGGUAUCAUGGAUCUCUGGCUUCAUCAUCACAACCAUUUUCAACACUCUGAUAUCAUCGAUUGGCGCUUAUGCUGUCUUCUGGUUCUUCUCUUUUACGUGCGGGUUGGCUUUUCUCUUCACUUUGUUCUUUAUACCAGAGACAAAGGGUAAGAGCUUGAUAGAAAUACAAGAAAUGCUGAGUAAAUGA